GGACCUCGCCCGAGCUCUGAGACUCUAGUUUUUCACAGUUAAAUACUGAGUGUUGUUAACACUACCGGAACUUUUAGUGCUAAUUCAUCAGCUGGUGAAAAUGUAUCCAAACCAUCAUCAAGGACCGAAUGGAUCUUGGAAUAAUGAUGCCUCAAGAAAUCCUCAUGAAAAUAAUUUCAGUGGCUGGGAAAAUGUGAACUUGCGAAGACAAAUCAUUCCCAACGCCCGGCCACAUGGUAAUUUCAAUGUACCACCUCCUGGUACAGUUCCUGGGUCAAAUUUUGAUCAGACUUUUGGAUCUCCUGCAAUGUUUUGUCCGCCAUUUCUUGGUGGUCCCUUUAUGCCCCCUCAAAUGCCCUCCCAGAACUAUGCCCUCAAUUCAGUGAAUGAGAGUGUUGCGAGGGCCCAAAGUUUGCCACAGCACGUUUUCCAAGAACAACCUCCAAUCUCACAGCCAGUCUCAUGCAACCAAUUCGAAAGUUUCAUGGUCCCAAGUCUACAGUUCAAGUCAGUCUCAGAAUGGCUUGAAAACAAAUCACUUUGCCAACCAGUGGAUGCAGUGAAGCCCAGACAACCAUUUCGGAUUCAUGAGUUUCGCAUUGAAUUGGAGAAGUGCAUGUCAAGUGCUAGGGAGCUACAAAAUCUCUCUUUGACCAUGAAAGGGAAUGUAGAAACUUUAAGCGAUGAAGAGUGGGAUGGAUUCUGUCACAAAAUGGAAAGUUUAAAGAAAAUUAUCAAAGACAAGCUGGAGUACGUAACAGACCCAAAAAUUCUGGCCUCAGUCAAAAUUCAGCUGAGAAAAAGACAGAAAAAAAGAGCAAGCCUUGGGAGGAGGAAUGCAGCAUACCACCAAGAAAGAGUGAAAAAAGAAAAUGAUCGGAAAAUAGUGAGCCAACAAAUAGAUGACUGGAUGAUAGCCCAAGUGGAAAUAGCAGCAAGUGUUAAAAGGGAUGAACAAUUGAAGAAAGAGGCACAGUUUGUUUUAUCAGAAGUCACUCGGCGCACAACAGAAGCUACCCGGCAGCUAGAUCUACUGUCAGGUUUAGAAAAGCUGAGACUUUUGAAACGGCAGCUUACUCAAAAUCAACAAGACUCAAACACUGUAGAUUCUCUUAUCGUUUUUGAAAAUCUUAAACAAAUGUGGACUGCUAAGCUGAAAGAGUAUGAGCUAGAAGAACAAGGUCUCAGAGUUAUGUUAUCUGAAGCGAAUCUAGAAAACAUUAAAUCCAAAAAACAUCUUGAAGAAGAAGCUCUCAAUUCGUGGAAAACUCUCUUGUUUGGUACAGAAGACUCUCACCAGUUCUACAGUGAUUUCAAUGAGCUGCUUUUGAUAAGGAGUCAGUGGGAUAAAUUUUCCAUUCCUCAUAACAGCACUGCAGUGGCACAUAGCCAAAUUUCUUCAUUGAUUCCAAUUGGAUGGGUUCUCCCAACAGCCUCCAAUGGUACUGCUUGGGAAAAAUAUCUCUCAAAGUAUUGAUUUCACCAGUUCCCUUUACAGGUUUUCCUGUUUUCAAUUUAUUGCAUUGCCGCAAAGUACUAACAGAAUUGAUAUUAGGUACUUAAUAAUCUUUGAUCAUUUACGAAAAAGACAAAAUGUUGCCCCCAAGCAAUAAUGUAUUUUUUCUGGUUUUGAAAGGUCACAAUGAAGGAAUAGUUUUAUGAGCAUCUCAGAAUAUUGCAAGAAAUCCAAGAGUCGGAUAACAAACUGUAUAAAAUUUAUGUUAAAAAAAUUUGUCGUAUUCAUGAGGAGGCUCAGUUCUCAUUUUAUUUUCAUGUAUCAGUCAUUUUUAAUUGUGAUUCAUUCAAAUUUGCUUCAUUCACUCAUGUGUUAAAGUUGUGUUUUUUUUUUUUGACCAAGUUAUCUUGUAUACCCUCUAUGUAUGCACGUCUAAGUAUUCUACACUCUGUCGGUCAUCUAUUUAUCUGAUGGAAUUGGCAAGGUGAGAAUAGUCUAAAAUGAGAGACCAUAUUUAUAGCUGUUCCAUAACACAGGGAGUAAACAAAUACCAUAAGUAUUUACAAAAUGUCGUUAAAAUACUGGUGCCAUUCUUUAAGUAUAGCGAAAAGCAGAAUGAUCGUAUCCAGAAAUGUGCUUUGGCUAUCUUCCCAAAAAACCUUGUACAGAAACCUCAGAUUAAAAUAGUGAUUAUUUGAAUUUCAAUUACAUAUUGCACUUAUUUUGUCAAAUCAAACUGUGUCUAUUUACUGAUAAUAAUUUUGACUCAAAUUUUUGAUCAACAUGUUAAGAUAGGUGAAAUGCCCUCUAGAUGCUAUUACUCUGUUUUUUGUGAGAAGAUCAAAGAAUUUAAUCAUCCUUUUAGCUCAGUAUCUUGAUGCUUGAUUAUUUAUGGUAUUGGUCCACCCCUUAACAGUGGCAUCUAUGGAGAGCUACGUUCUGACCAGCACUCGUCGGUCUUUGUCUCUUUUUAGGAAUGAUUAUAUUGCGACUGGCGGAAGCAGUAGACUCUUUAUACCGUGUUUAUUCCACCGAAUCUAUUGCGGUUCUAUUGAUAAGAUGUUGGCAAACUGUCAUAAUUAAACUUUAUUUUUGUAAUUAGGCACAUUUUUAUAGGUCAGAAAUAAAGUAUAAUUUUAUUUAUUCA